AUCCGCUCAUGGCCAUCGACUUGUGCAGUAUUACUGGCCGCUCGUCAUAUUCCAGUCUGUAGAGGAUGACGAUGGUGAGUUCUGCCCAGCAUCGCCGUUCAUGGCGGGUCAACAUUCAGGCAAAGGGCAAAGGCUUUGAUUUCAAGCUGUGCGCAACUAGCCUCUUCCUCCAUUGCCACAAUUGCAGCAGCUUCUUCCAAUUCUCCGCCAAACUGAAGCGCUUCAGCUUUCUCAUCAGGCUUAGAUCUGAACCCGAGGCGUCCAGUCCCAGAAGAAUUGCAGGAUCUUCUAAGUCGAAACUUGUGAGAUUUAUUAAAAGGCUCUGGGCAAGGGGGCGGACAAAAAGUGUUCCUAUUCCUAACUCUUGCAAUCAAAGGGAAUUCUUUUCUCCGAGUUCGGUGCCAGGGCCAGGAGGCAUUGUUGGUCUUUUAGGCAGGGCAAUUUCUAAGGGAGAUAGAGAUGAGGUUUUUAUGGCCACAUUGUUCUGUGUGACCCGGCUCUUCAGGAAUUUCAGCACAAGAGAUGUGUGGGUUUUCAUGGUCCUUUUGAUUGCUGGAGUGGUGGGGUUUUCAGGCAUCAUAAAUUUCAGGAACCACUUCACUGAUGUUUGUUUGCUAAACCUUUUGGGAAGAUGAACAAAGUGUUUUUAACAAAUUCACAACUGUAAUAAUGAACAUGGUUUUGUUCUUGUUUUGGCAAAUUCUUGAUGGUAGGAAUCAUGUACAAGUAUAUUGCAAUUUAGAAUUGGGUAACCUAUCCCCUUACCAAUUUAGGUUCACUUGGUCGGCUUAAAGAAUUCAUUGCAGCGUUCCUAAAUUGCAGUGAAGUUUCUGUAAAAUCCAUUCCUUUCAUGUGUGUGAAACUAAUCAUUACAGCAAAGUUUUUGAUAUCAGCUUAGACAUAGCUCAAGGUGCAAACUGUGACAAUCCAAAUACAUGGUGAAAUCAAGCUUAUCAAGCCUACGAAUGGAAUCAAACAAUUAUGCAACGGACCAAGUUGCUAGUCAGGUAAAAGGGAAAAAACCCAUUCUCAUUUCUCAUUGUUGUGGCGCAAGCAAAAUUAAAAGCACAGUGGCAUU